AUGGAGACUAUGAUCAAGUCGGUGCUACGCAUCGUGGAGCUCAUCCUCGUCCUGCUGAUCACCGCGCUCGUCGGCAAUGUUAUCGCAAGCAACAUUAGCGGCUCCGAAUCCGCCAUCAACUUUAUCAUGUUCGUAUGCGCGGUCUCCUGGUUGGCUAUCCUCUACGGGUUAAUUUCGCACUUCGUCGCCGCCAUCGCAAUCCCCAUCGUGGCCCUCGCUCUCGAUGGCCUUUCUGUUCUCUUCACCUUCAUCGGUGCUAUCGUCUUCUCCGCAAAGCUACAGGCAGUGAACUGUUCCAAUUUGGGGCGCAAACCUAGCGACUACAUCGCAUUCGGUUCCUACAAUAACGAAAAGCGCUGCCGUGAGAUCCAGGCUAGCACCGUGUUCUUAUGGUUCCUGUUCGCCUCACUGGCUACUAGCCUCUUCUUCGUCUUGAGAGAGCUCCGGCGCUCAGGUGGCUCCGUUCGCGGUCCUAAUAUGUCCCAGAUCGGCGUAUAG